AUGCAACCAAUCAGAGAUGUUAUCGACAAAAAUGACAGAAUCUUAGACAAUUUACUAGAUACUAUUGAAGAAAAUGUACCUCGAAUGCUGGCAUUCAAAUCUGAACUCCAAACUCACAUAAGUCUCCUCAAACAAAUAUCUAGUUCGGUCAAUCUUAAAUAUACAGAAAUAAUGGCUGAUACGAAACAAUACGCUUUCCGAGAAAAACGUGGGCUUAUUAACGGUAUAGGUUCGAUAUGGAAAUCAAUAACCGGAAACUUAGAUCCUUCUGACGGUGAAUAUUUCAAUGAAUGUAUAAAUAAGGUAACCCGCGAUGAGUAUCAAAUCGAAAACCUAUUAAAAAAUCAAAUAUCGGUUACCACCUCCGUGAUUAAGAGUUUCAACGCGACCAUCCAAAAAUUACAAAUAGAUGAGAAAACAUUCAACAAUGAUAUUAAAGAAAUUCGAGAAUCAAUAAUGGAUAUCUCUGACCAAUUAAAAUUCUAUCAAUCUCAAAUCGAUAUGCUGAACUUUUGUGAAUUGCUAAUGGAAAGCUAUUCAUUUAUCGAAGAUUCGUUAAAUAAUAUAAAAAAUAAUCUUGCCCUAUCAAUCUAUACUUCAAAUCUCCCUCAAUAUCUCGAUAUUAUCGAAUUACAGGCCUAUCAAUUAGACACAAGAAUUGUGUUUGUCUUAAAUAUUCCUUUAACUGAUGCAGAACAAUAUACUUUAUAUCGUCUAUAUCCAAUACCAAUAAUGGAUAAUCGAACAGGUUUACAUUCAAUUUUAACAACAACACAUAAGUAUAUUGCGCGAGAUGAUGAUUCAUUGUUAUACCUUACAAUAAAUAGUCUUGAGUCAUGCAAAACUCUUCGAGCCAGAACCAAAAUCUGUUACAAUAUACUUCCAUACCCAAUUGACAGCGACGCCGUAUGCGAAGCCCAACUCCUGAAGCGACAAGAACGCCUUCCCAGAACAUGCCAGACUUCCGUAGUAUUUGCUAAAGACUACAACGUUCAGAAGAUCAGCAUGAACCUUUGGCUCCUAACAGUUUCUGACCCACUGCCUAUUACUAUCAAAUGCGAAUCCAGAGAAGUCAAGUCAGAAAUCAUCAAUACCAACCACGUGCUCAAACUACAACCCACGUGCGAUGCUUUUAUUGGAAGUACAAGAGUACACUCACAAAAAUUGGUCGACGCUUACGACAAUGUUACGUACAAAAAUCAUCCAGUUCAAAUACCAUUCAAUUGUUGCAAUCACUUCCCAGAUAAGAUUCAUCUUCCCGACUUAAAACCACUAAAGCUUAGCAAGAUCAACACUGAAGACCUCGAAAUAGCCCAUCACAAACUCAAUCAGUAUUCUGAAGAACUCCACAAAUUAAUCAAUGAACCAUUUGUCAAUAAACAUAUGAGCUGGUUCACAAUCCUAACGAUAACAGUCAUUGUGACUCUCGCCGUUCUUUACAUCUUAUGUAAAUGCAGAUCCAAGAGAAGAUUCAAGAUAGGAAUUGCCAAUACCAAUGACAAUGACCAUCCACCUUCUCCACUAAGACACCCAGAGACAGCUUUCGCCAGGAAUUGGAAGAAAAUCCUUCCAAGACGAAGACCCAGUAUCCACCUAAGUGACUCCAUAGACGAAGAGGAGAGGAUCCAACUGAAUACCAACAAACAAACAGUCUGA